ACAAAUAAAUAGGCUAUAUGAUUAUAUACUACAUGUCUCUGUCCAUUUAAGAGCCUCAACAUCUGGAAAGGGGAGGGACUGGAGAACCAUAUCACAUCUGAGUCUCCUAUUACAAUGGGGAAAGUGGUAUGCAACAAGGAGAGAGGAAGGAAAACUAAUUCUUCCGAAUUAGAAAAUUCCGAGCAGAAGAAAGAGAAAAGUGUCUGAAAUACAGCAGAGAAACCAGCAGCAUUCAGAAUGCCAUUGGAGAUGGACAAGCUCUCUCGACCAGAAAUAUUUGAUUUCCAUGGAGUCUGCAUGACUCACUUUUUCACAGACAACUGGGAGAACGUUCAAAACUUUCAGGCCAGGCCAGAUGAUAUCCUUAUUGCAACCUACCCCAAAGCAGGAACAACAUGGGUCUCUAACAUCCUUGACCUGCUGAAUUUUGGUCAGACAGAGCAUCAGACAUCCAUCCCAAUCUUUGAAAGAGUGCCUUUUUUGGAGCUCAUCAUCCCAGCUUACGGUUCAGGGAAAGACAUGGCAGACAACCUCCUGACUUCUCCUCGAAUCAUUAAAACUCACUUUCCAAUCCAGUUUGUGCCAAAGUCCUUUUGGGAGCAAAACUGCAGGAUGGUCUACGUGGCACGCAAUGCCAAAGACAACAUGGUUUCUUAUUUUCACUUUGAUCGCAUGAACCAGAUUCAGCCAGAGCCUGGAGAAUGGAGCAGCUUCUUCCACAGAUUCAUGGAAGGAAAGAUGGUGUUUGGAUCCUGGUAUGACCAUGUGAACGGCUGGUGGGAGAAGAAACAGACAUACUCAAAACUCCAUUACAUGUUCUACGAAGAUUUGAUUGAGGAUACUGGACGGGAAAUAGACAAACUCUGCUCCUUUCUCGGUUUGUCUCGUUCAGUUGAGGAGAAGAACAGAGUUACUAGUGGAGUGCAGUUUGACAGCAUGAAAAAGGACAACAUGGUGAACUACUCUACGAACUUUGUUAUGGACUUCAAAAUUUCUCCUUUUAUGAGAAAAGGGAAGGUUGGUGACUGGAAGAACCAUUUCACUGUGGCCCAGAAUGAACAGUUUGAUGAAGACUACAAGAAAAAGAUGAAGAAUUCCACACUUCAGCUCCGCACUGAAUUUUAAACAGGACUGGACAGGAUGUUUAAAGAGGACAUGUGGUCUAUUUGUGAAAGACAUCUAGUUAUUGUUGCCUCUAAUGCAGUGAUUCUCAAAGUGGGGUUUGUAGCACUCUGCCAUGGGGUCCAGGGUUUUCAGAUUCAUUCAUAUAAAUCAUAAUGUAGGUGUUUUUUUCCUUUCAAAAGGCUUUACAGCUCCACAAAUAACAUUUCAUAUUUCAGGUAUUUCAUAUAUAGAUUCAUUUCAUAUAUUUAAGAUUUCUUCAAUAACACUAAAAUGUAGCAAAAAUGCAAAUGUAGAAAAAAUUAACCAAUGUUGUAAUUGAUUAAAAAUCCUUAAAUAAAAAUGUACUCCUGUUCACCACAUUGCCCACAUGUCCAGUUUAACUCUUCAGAAGAAGGAAAUGUUAAUGUGUAAUUAAAGAUCAGCUAUGACUAAACUAUUUACAGUAAUAUUCUCAAAUGAGAGCAAGAGAUUAGUAUCAUCAAUAAAACAAAUACAAUUUUUUUUUUUUUUUAUCUAUAAUUUUUAUAUUUGCAAUAAAUCAAGAACUCAUUUAU